AGCGUUGAGUUUCAUAUAGGCAUGUUUUGUGUAGGAAUAUAUAACGAUGGUGUGUUAUUACAUGACUGUGUAUUAGUACUCGUGAGGAGUAUGAAGUGUUCUGAUAUAAGAUUGUGCAGAAUAAAGGCUAUCGUAUAAGAGGAAGUUAAACAGUCAUACUUUGAACGCUACGAUGUUGAAGCUCUUUUUGAAUUCUUUAAAUGGAAUUAUCUCUCGAGAGAAACUUGCUUGAUUGGCAUGAAUGGACUAAUUCUGGAUGUCACAAAGUUGUUUAGAACAGCGAAAUAUAACCAACAUCGACGAAAUCUUGCAUGAAUAUUGCGUUCCCUGCAAAGUACUUCAACACAACUCGAUAACACCUUCAAAACUGGACAGUCAUGGCCUGGGCAGAGAGGAUAGGUAUGAUGGUGCUUCAUGUAUCCUUCUCUUUGCUAGUCCUCAUGCAAGCAUCAUUAGUCACAACUCAGGAAUGUGAGAAGUUAAUUGUCUGUGAGAGGGUUACUACUGACAUCAAUUGCGGAGAGGGCCUUAUCAACAUUUGCACUGCUGUCUACGGACGAACAGAUAGCACAACCUGUCCUCACCAACAAGUAUCAGACACGACUUGUAGAGUAGACGUAGUGGAUGUUCUCGGUCCAGAUUGUAACGGCCAAUCGCAAUGCAGAAUUACAGCAACGAAUAGCCUUGCUGGUGAUCCGUGCCGAGGAGUACAUAAGUACCUCGAGGUAGCCUACACAUGCACAGAUUUCGACGAAUGUGCAGCCGGUACUCACAGUUGUGAUGCAAAUGCAUCAUGUCAAAACGCUCCAGGUUCUUUCUUCUGCGUCUGUAAAAUUGGAUACACCGGCAACGGAUUCAGCUGCAUUGACAUCGAUGAGUGUACAAGUAGACCAGACACCUGUAACACCAAUGCUGCAUGUACCAACACUCCAGGAUCUUUCAAAUGCGCCUGUAAUCCUGGAUACAGAGGGAGUGGGUCCACUUGCACAGAUGUCAAUGAAUGUGAAAUUGGAACCUCCAAUUGUUACGCAAAUUCUGCAUGUACGAACACUCCUGGAUCAUUCACGUGCAUCUGUAAUGAGGGAUAUACUUUCAAUGGAACAGGUUGUACUGAUGUCAAUGAAUGUGAAAUUGGCGACUCCAAUUGUUACGCAAAUUCUGCAUGUACGAACACUCCUGGAUCAUUCACGUGCCUCUGCAAUGAAGGAUAUACUUUCAAUGGAACAGGUUGUAUUGUGGAUCCACUGGCUACCGUGACAACCAUGAGCCCAUCGCCACCAGCUUCUGCAGGUCAUCGUGGUGCAGUGGUUCCAGUUGUAGUCGUUCUAUUAAUUGCUGUCAUCCUUACAGCCGUUAUUGUUGCAGUUAUUUGCUAUAGGCGACGGCGAUUUUCAUCAACAAAAGAUCAGGGACCACAUCAAACCUCAAAAGAAGUUGCUAACCCGAACUACAUGAUUGACAACGAUCAAAAUGAAUACGCAGAGUGCGCUAACCCGAUGAGUCCGUCCAAUACCGCAAUCACUACCGGGUCUCUGGAGGAUGCCCUGAAACACGACUACACGGAGCUCCAUACCUCUGUUCCAUGUUCAAACCAAGACAACGUGGACAUCUACAAUGUGGUAGGAGAAGAGGUCUGCAAAGAACAAGAUGAAUAUCAUGAGUACCAUUUACCGGAGAUUGGACAUGAUGUUUCUCCACAAGGUCCUUACCAAGACCUUUUAAGAGAAGGGACCUACCAGGAAAUUACUACGGGAUAUAAUGUGAAGAAGGCUGUGGGUAUUGGUUUAAAUCAAGGGCCAGACGAUGACAAGAUUCCCGUGACUCCAAGCAAAUUGAACGAGAACGCAUAUCAAGAUUUAUGCCAAAAAGAUGAUAAAGAAAACAAUAGUUACCAGGCUCUUAAGAUCGCGAAGCCGGAAUAUCUGGAGCUUAUUGCGGAUGACACGUCUCUGGCACCUAAGCAACUCAACGAAAAUGACUACGAAAAUCUUUAGAUAUGUACUAUGUGAUAAAGUUAAUAUUGUUUUUGGAUCUGUAACGGAAUGCCACUCGGAGAUGGAAGCCUCACACAGCAACAUAUACCAACAUUUUAUCAAAGAUAGUAGCCCUGAUUAGUCUGUCGCAGAUCAGCAGAAUUUGUAAAGAUCUAAAGACAACAUUACCUUUUCUUAAUAAUGCUGGACCUUGAUAUUUUGGCAGGCGCCCUCUAAAGGUUAGCCUAUUGCUCUGUAUGUUAAGCUAGGGACCCGUCUCUGGUUUAACCACUGAAAUGUAUAUGUACAUCACAACAAACAGCGAUAUCCCUUAUCAAGACAACUUCCCCGGAUGGGCAUCCUCAACCUAUCACUCCAGGGGAGUGUUUCACAAAGACUAAGAUCGACUUUAAGUUUGACUUAACUAUGGCAGGC